UGCACUUAUAAGGAAGUGACUCCACUCGGCAGCACCAGAUUAUUUGUUGCUAACUGACAACAGGCGUGUGGAGUCUUAAAGCAUGAGACUCUUAGUGUUAUCGUGCCUUCUGGCAGGCUGCCUGGCUCAGAAGCCUCAACCAUGCUCAAGCCCUCCUCUUCUGAGCGGAGCCCUCACUGUGUCCACACAGAAUGAAAAGCUGUGGACUUAUGCCCAAUACCUGUAUGAUGCACUGGGACAACGGAUCCGGCUCAUGGAGGUUGGCACUUACGAGAAUAAGUCAUUCACCUAUGAUGCUCUGCUGCUCUUCAAACAGGCUACCAUGUAUGAGAUUAAUGAGCAUGAUCGGACCUGUAAGAAAAAGCCUCUGAAGGCAGACUUCCAGCCUUGGGCAAUCCCAAAAGAUGCAUCUCUGCUGGGCCAGGCUGUUUUGGGCAGCUCCUCUGGACCCGGACAAGGACUGUUGGUCAACACUUGGACGGGAGAUCUGCCCGAAAAAACAGGGAAGUACAUGACUACAGUCACUGAAUUUGGAUGCAUUCCUGUCAGCACUGUGUACCACACUGACCAGUAUGGAUGGGUGGUAACGAGCUUAUUCAACAACAUCGUCGGGAUGUCAGACCCCAGUAAGCUCAACCCUCCAGACUUCUGCCGGGAUUCAGAGAUGCAGGCUGACAGUGAAGAGGAACCGGUAGACUUCCUCAGCUUGUUCCUCCGCAAGAAUGGAAGUGAGCACUCUGAAGCUGCAGCAUUUUUGCAUCUGUGUGUGCAGAGGAAUCUACCAUCAGACAACAUGAGAGCCCUCGUCCUGUUUGUGUGCUUGACAGUGGGCUGCCUCGCUCAGAGGCCACAGCCAUGCACAUCUCCACCACUGCUGACUGGAAGGCUCUAUGUGUCCACCCAAAGUGAGAAUCUGAUGGCAUAUGCCAGGUACAGCUAUGACGCACUAGGAAAGCGCAUCCGUCUAUCAGAAUGUGGAACUUACAAGAACAAGACCUUCCACUUUGAUGUACUUUUACUUUACGAACAGGCUGUCAUGUACAAGAUUAACUACAGGAACCAAACAUGCUGCAAGAAACCACUGAGUGUAGAGUUCCACCCGCUAGCCAUCCCAAAGAAUGCUUCCCUGAUGGGGCAGACUGUGACAGGCAGCUCAUCUGGUCCAGGACAGGGGUUGCUGGUCAACAACUGGUGGGGAGAGCUGCAGACGAAGAGGGGACCAGCAAAGUACAUCAGCACCGUCACAGAGUUUGGAUGCAUUCCUGUCAGCACUCUGUUUCAUACCAAUAAAAACGGAUGGGUCGUGACAGGCUUCUUCAACAACGUCGUGGGACUGACAGACCCUCAACGGCUCAUCCCUCCACAUUUUUGUGAUGGCGCCCAGCUGGAGAAAGAGGAUGGUGAGGAUCCAGCGACCUUCUUCAGCUUGUUUUAAAAUGUUACAUUUUCAAAAAUGUAAUGCACUGUGAUGGUCAUUACUGUGUAUGACUAUUUGCACUGUAUUAUUUCUUUUUUUUUUUUAGUUGCAGUCAUUGGUGUCAUAGCAUUCGUGAGGGUAAUGUCAUUAUUCAGUCAGUUUUGAUUAAUACAAGCAACAGAGUGAGGGUCCCUACCUCACAAAUCAUUUACUGCAAAUACAGGGUAAGGGAGGAAUUAUAUGUACAAUAUAAUUUCACUUGUAAUCUAACAUUAGAAAACAUAAUAUCACAAGGUGAAUGUCAAAUGUUUCACUUAUUGAGUUUUUUUCUUGUUUGUUUAUUUUUGCCAGAUAUUAAAAUCUGUUUAAUGAGA